UAAAUGCUUACAGAUAAUUUGUUCUUUAGACAUGGUGGGAUCUUUUUGUGUCUGUAAAACGAAUUAUCCGAGAAAUGGCGGUGGAAACGCCUUUAUGCACAACUAUUGAUAUAAUGACCAUCAUUUGGAAGUAACCUCCUCUCACUACGACUCGGGGAAUACAUGCAGUUUAUUAGGCUACAGGUGAUAUAAAUUAUGAUUAACUUCACAGUAGUGAACUAGUGCACUGUGAACUUCAUGCACCUUUCCAAUAAAUAUCAAGGUUCUUACUCUGGUGACUUGCCGAUCGAUGCUAGUUUAACAGGUGUUGUGCCGAAAAGCUCCCCCCUGCCAGAAUCUAUGUUUAAUAUAAAAAACAUACAUUCAUGAUUAAUUUCGGUUGACUAGCCUGACGUGAAGUUUGUUCUAUAGAAAGUAUUUGACUCUGAUGUGUGUCGUAGAAAGUAUUUGACUCUAGCCACAAAAUUAAGGAAAUUAGAAGAGGGGGGUGAUUUCGGCAAGGCCAUUUUCUUGCCGCUUGUUUCCUUUCGGGCAAUAAUACAGAGUAGGACCGGAAACAUUUGACAGCGAAUAGGAAGCGAACUAGCCGGCUGGCAGCAAAAAUGUCGAGCAAAAAUAUAUUUCAGACAGAGUUAUCCCACAUUAUGGGGUUAUACGUUGAAACAACAGUUAGGGAGAUGGAGAGACUCCUCGACGAGUGUGCUGCUGUUUUGGAGAAUAGUUUACUGAAGAGAGAAAUGGAGCGUGUGAAUACAACCAACACGAUGAAAUUUGCGUCAAUCAUGGAAGUGUUGAGUGAAGGCUUGAUGGAGAAAAUAUCACUGCUGAUGAUGGUGGACGAAACGGAGGUAAAAACUGUGGAAAAGACUGGUGGAGGUGGUGAGAGCUGUGGAGAAGAUGGGCGCUUCAGUCGGGAACUAGCAACACAAAAAGUAGCAGUAGAGGCAACAACCAAGAUGACCCUCUCUGUUACAGAUGACGUGUCUUCUUCUGAGUCUGAUCAUCAGGAGGAGGACCUUGACCCCCUGCCCUCACCUUCAUCGGACGAGGAAUGCCUAGUUGAGGUUGAUCCCAGUCAGCAUGCUGACCCAUCUGCAUCAGACCCAGAUAAACAAGGCCCAGCUAGGGAUGGAGAAGAUGUCCAAUGUGGGGAUUCUGGACCCCUCACCUGUUCCCAUUGUGGAAAAUGUUUCAGGAAGAAAGGGUUUCUGACGAGACACAUUCAGUCCCGUAAAAAACCCUACAGCUGUUCUCCGUGUAGGAAAGGUUUUGAUCUGGCCAAACAGCUUGAGGUACAUUCUGUUAAACCACGCAUAGAGAACACCUUCAGUUGUAACGACUGCAGUGCGGUGUUUCACCGUAAAUGUACUUUGCAGUCCCACUUGAAGAGUCACCUAAUGGAGGAAACGGUCACAUGUACAGUUUGUGAAAGAAAGUUUCUAGGGGAAAAAAGACUGGAGUUGCACAAGUGCAAUGGACUGAAAAUAUUCAGCUGCUCUUCCUGCCCGGAGAUCUUAAAGACCAGGGAAGGGUUGUCUUAUCGUGAGGAGACGCUUUCAGAGGAGAGGAAAUAUAGCUGUGAAACAUGCAGCAAAACGUUCUUAACGACUGUGUCCUUAAAGACCCAUAUGAUGUCUCAUAAAGAGAAGGAUCAUCGUCGUACUGUAUGUAGCCAACAUUUCAGCCAUGCACCUGCUCUCAGAAAGCAUAUGUUGGUCACCCAUCCUGGAGAAAUGCCUGAAAAACAUUGCAUCUGCAGUGUGUGUGGUAGACGUUUCACCAAAAGGAACAAUCUGUAUAAACAUAUGAGGACACACAAGGAAGAGAGACCUUUUUCUUGCAACAUUUGUGGCAAGAAGUUUAAUUCUUCCGGUAAUCUCAGCAGACACAAUAGAACUCACACGGGCCAGAAAUUGUAUUCCUGUGACCUUUGUGACAAAAGCUUCACUCAGUCCGGAAACCUGAAGACUCAUAAACUAAACGCUCACACUGAAGGUGAAGAAAAGCCUUCUUUCAAGUGUGAGAUUUGCGGGGAUGUUUGUUCAAGUCGUUAUACUCUAAAGAAUCAUAUGGUCACUCACACAGGGAAGAAACCAUAUCAUUGUAGCGUGUGUGGCAAAGGUUUCUUUAGCAAUCAUCUUCUUAAAGUUCACAUGCACAUUCACACAGGGGAGAAACCCUUUGAGUGUGAUCAAUGUGGGAAGAGGUUCAGUCAGAAAAGUCAUCUAAAAUAUCACGAGCGUGUGCACACCGGUGUCAAAGCAUUUGUGUGUGGCGUCUGUGGGAAGGCCUAUGCUAAUAGACAGAAUCUGAAACUCCACAAGUGCAGCAUUUCUGCAAAAUUGUAGUUCUUUAGCGCCACAGCUAAUUAACCAUUUUAUUUUUUGAAUUGGACUCAUUCAUUCAUGUUCCUCCAUUGUGAAGUGAAACUACAAAGGAUCAAUCUAAGGAAAAUUAUUUGUUGUUCCUGUUGUUAUGACUGUGCUCCAUUCUGUGUCCUAGCGCCAAACAGACGGUGCAGUAGCUUGCUCUUUAUCACAAUGUCACUGUGGGUCACUGUGAAUGUAUUGAUCCUGCUGAUUUCUAAUAAGAGACCUUCAUAUUGUUGGAGUCUCCUUAUUGAUUAUUUUAGUUCUGUACUCAUUAUCAAUCAAUAUUUCAGCUCAAUUCCCAAUGUCAUCCGGUCGGCGUGUGUUUUGUUUA